CGCAUUUACAGUCGCCAUUUUGAGGAGAGGGACCCCUCCUUCUGUCAGCUGUCCUCUGUGUUGGGUCACGUCCGGGCCGCUGGUCAGGGUCUGGCGGUGGCUGGAUGGCGGGUGGGUCUCCGUAAGGCGUCCACCUCCCUCUCUCGCAGGACUUUGCAGCUUAACAUCCCAAAGUGGAUGUAUGGUUAGAGGUGUGGCAUCCGGUCGUGCCACUGGGUGAGGGACAGGCAGGCCAGCACCGCCGCCUCACAACAGCGCUAUGACCAUCGCAAUGAUAGCCAAUCAGGACCACCCGCAGGAGGGACCACCUAACACCCCCCCACAGGGUGGGGAUGGAGAAGUGCUGGGUGAGGGUGAAGGGGAGGACAUGGGUGGGGGGGAGCCAGACUUUCCCCUGGAUGCCCUGGCCCGCCUCGAUGAGAUGAUCCACCGCCAGCGCUGGGUCGUCCCCGUCCUGCCCAAAUGUGAGCUAGAGGUACUCCUGGAGGCAUCCAUUGAUCUGUGCCAGAAAGGACUGGAUACCAGAAGUGAAGCAUGCCAGAGGUUCUUCAGGGAAGGGCUCACCAUAUCUUUCACCAAAAUCCUCACAGAUGAAGCUGUGAAUAGUUGGAAGUAUGAGAUUCAUAGAUGCAUCUUGAAAAACUGCGAAAAGUUAAUAGAAUUAGUUGUAGUGAAGCUGCACCAGGAUUGGUUUUCUUUACUAGACCUUCUUGCUAUGGUGCUGAGUCCCAAUUCCAAAUUUCACACAUUUAAUGGCACUCGUUCCUCGGAGACAGUACAGCAGGGAUCCCAGAUCCCAGACUAUGAACUGUAUGCUAGACCUCCAGACCCCAGAAAUCCUAGAGGGUGGCUGGUGGACCUCAUUAAUCUCUUUGGCAAGCUCGGUGGCUUCCAGAUUCUUUUAGAACGAUUCCAGUCGGGCAAGAAUCUUUCUGUUCCAGUCAUCUGUGCACUCCUUCGGCCCUUUGGCUUCUGCUAUGAGAUGCUCACUGUUUCAACUAUAGAAAAAUACUUCAUGCCUAUUGUAGAAGUAGUGCCUGCCUUUUUGGAAAAUCUGACGGAUGAGGAGCUGAAGAAGGAAGCCAAGAAUGAGGCCAAGAAUGAUGCUCUGUCAGCCAUCAUCAAAGCCAUCAAGUGCCUGGUGUCCCGUGUCCCCAGCCAGGAGGAAACUGCCAAAAACCUUGAGAUUUUUAGGUUAAAGAUGAUACUCAGGUUACUGCAAAUUUCAUCAUUCAAUGGGAAGAUGAAUGCGCUCAAUGAGGUGAACAAAGUGAUCACUAGUGUUUCCUACUACUCACACCGCCAUGGCCCUGUUGAGGAGGAGGAGUGGCUCACUGCUGAAAGGAUGGCGGAGUGGAUCAAGGAAAACAGAGUGCUCCAGAUUGUGCUGCGAGAUUCCCUCCACCAGCCACAGUAUGUGGAGAAGCUUGAAAAGAUCAUCCGCUUCAUAAUCAAAGAGAAGGCCCUUACACUCGAGGAUUUGGAUGACAUAUGGGCGGCGCAGCACGGGAAGCAUGAGGCCAUUGUAAAAAAUGUGCAUGACCUCCUGGCAAAGUUGGCAUGGGACUUCUCCCCAGAACAACUUGACCACCUCUUUGGCUGCUUCCAGACAAGCUGGAGCCAAGCCAGUAAAAAGCAAAGGGAAAAGUUGUUGGAAUUGAUUCGAAGGUUAGCAGAAGAUGACAAGGAUGGAGUCAUGGCUCAUAAGGUCUUGUCACUGCUAUGGUCCUUGGCUCACUCAGAUGACGUGCCCACUGAGAUCAUGGACCAGGCACUUAACGCCCAUGUCAAAAUCCUAGACUACUCAUGUUCACAGGAUCGGGAUAUCCAGAAGAAGCACUGGCUGGACCGGUGUGUGGACGAACUCAAGCAUGACAAGUGGGUGCUCCCAGCCCUCAAGCAGAUAAGAGAGAUCUGCUGCUCCUACAGUGAGGCCCCACCCAACUUCUCCCAGCACCAGCGCCCCACCCCCCAUGUCAGCUAUCGCCAUGACAUCAUAUCCAAGCUGCAGAACCAACAUUCCCUGGUGGUGCUUGUGGCUGACAACCUCACCACCUACAUGAAGAACAUCAGGAUAGCAGCUAAAGAAAAUCCUGAUUUGAAUCCCGCAGACAUAAUACCAGAUGGAAGAUAUAAUCACAUAUACCAGGUUCAAGAGCGACUAAGCUUCCUGAGAUUUUUAUUGAAGGAUGGACAAUUGUGGCUGUGUGCACCCCAAGCCAAGCAAAUAUGGAACUGUCUGGCCGAAAAUGCAGUCUUCACAGUGGACCGCGAGUCAUGCUUCAAGUGGUUCUCCAAGCUGAUGGGUGAUGAGCCAGACCUCGACCCAGAGAUCAACAAGGACUUCUUUGAGAACAACAUCCUCCAGCUUGACCCAUCACUGCUCACCGAAAAUGGCAUGAAGUGUUUUGACAGAUUCUUCAAGGCAGUGAAUUCCAAAGAAGGGAAACUUGUAUUGAAGCGCCGAGUGCACCUUAUGGAUGACGAUGACCUCAUAGGGGUGGAUUACGUGUGGCGGGUUGUGUUGUGUGGGACAGAAGACAUUGCCAGCCGUGCCAUAGAGCUGCUCCGGGAAACUUUCACCAACCUUGGCCCAAGACUCCAGGCCAACCGUGUCAUUAUUCACGAUGACUUCCUCUCCAGCUGUAUGUCCCGUCUUAAGGCUAUGUAUGACACUGUAUCAGUGUUAGAUCGGGAUAAGGAUUCUAUUAAUAGAGUGCGGCAGGACACCACAAGGAUGUGCCGUGUCCUCAAGGUCCUCUACGAGUAUGUUUCUGAGUGUGAUGGUGAUUUUGGGGAUGACCGAUCCAUCCUACCUCUUGGAAGAGCAUCAAGAGGGAAGCACCUGUCCUUGCUGGUGAGGUUCCCAGUGCAGGGACGGCAGCCAGAUGAACUAGAUGUCUGGACCCACACCAACGACACCAUGGGCUCCAUCAGACGGCAGGUUCUGCAUCGAUUGAAAUCCACAGCACCAAACGUCAAAGUGGAACUUUACCUCAACACCGACCCCAUUGAUCCUGUGGAGGACAAGAAAAUUAUUGCCCAGAUGCCCUUGAGGGAUAAGAUGGUUUUAACAGCCAAGUUAGUGCAGGCGGGAAGCAACAUGCCCUCAUCCCCAGACAGCUCCUCAGACUCAUCCACAGGCUCACCACAGCACCCUUAUGAAGGCCCCAAUGUUGAGGCAGAAAACUGUCUUCCUGGUGUUAUUAUGUCAGCACAAGCCAAGUACACACAAUUCCUGCUCCAGCUGGCUGAUUUGGGCUGCACCCUACAACUGCCACAGCUCAGAGACAGUGCUCGGGCACUCCUCAACAUCAUGCCUGCUGACCAGUUCACAGUUAACAAUCUGCGAAGUAUCUGCAUGGAGCACGCCAAAAUUGGGGACCAAAGUCUAUCUCCUUCCCUUGAAAACAUCGUCUUCUCCUCAUCACCCUCUCAAGUCCUCUACAACCUUCAAGUUUUGUACUCCCUGCUCAUGCCGGCCCAUAACCCCAUGACGGAGAAGGCCCUUGAGUUCCAGUACAACUUUAUGAAGAGCGGAGGUGUGAAGAUCAUCAUUGAUAUGUUGGCCAAAAACAACUUCCUCUCCAAUACAGACAUGCCAACCAAGAGGUCAGCCUUCCUGGUGGUAUUGAAGUUAGCCAAGCUGGCCUUUGUGACAGUAGGCUAUGCCAUCGUUGGUGUAGUAGCCGGCUCAGUAACAUCCAGCACCCCGGCCACAACCACUAACAGCAAUGGUGGUACAGAGGAGACUUCUUCUACACCAGGGGGAAGUGGCAUACCAGCCUCAACACACACACAGGCGCUAGUGCUGCAAGAGGCACUGCACCACAUCCCGAACCCAUCUUCGGACUGCAUGGUGCGGAACGUGGCCAGUCGUCUCGCCCAGUCCCUCCACGACCAGGUCACUAUCACCUCCUGCCUCUGGGCACACUUUGUGACGGGUGUAGUGCCAGACAUGAGUGUGGUGCGUGCCAUACUCAAAAUUACUUGGGCAUCAGCGGCAGGCCAGGUUCACCUAAUCACCUCCUCUUUAGACGAAAUCGAAAAGGCCACCGAGCGGCCACCCACUAAACCUCCAGAUCCUGAGGACUUGCAGGUGUGCCGUGAAGGUCUGGAAACAUUGUCUGUAGUGUUGGCUCUUUAUCCUCCUGCCCUGGAGACCCUCACCAAGGACAACCAGUUCCACAAGUUGGUGAUGGGUCUGGUGCUAGUGGGUGGGGAGCGCAGUAUCCGACAGUGUGCAGUGGAGCAGUUACUACUCAUGGCAACCAAGUGUUCCAAUUCCCCACACACCCUUGUUGUCUUCAUUGUCAUGCUCUUCAAUGUGUUGAAUGGCCUCAAUGGCGAAUAUUCUAAGGAGUAUUUCCAGUUGUUGUGUGGACUUUUGAACUGGGCCUGCAUGUCCAAUGUGGCUGUGACAGGUGUUGAUCGCCUCCUGGCAGCUGAGGUGGAAUGGCUGAAGAAUGUGAGGGCUAGUGUGUGUCAGAUGGCCCAGGGUGGCCCCGAGCCCCCAGUGGAUGAGACUCUCCUGGAGGGCCAUUUGUGUGUCACACGGGAGCUGGUGGCCUUCCUCCCUCCUGAGAAGAAAUAUGAAAUUGGGGGUGAUCCCACCAAGGGAAUAUUUCUCAUCAGGGAACUUGUAGAAGACUUUAUAUUCCCUUUUUCUAAGGUGUACCUUCAGUUAGAGCAUGCUUCUGAGAUGCCUGCUGAGCAGGCCAUACCAGUGUGCUCAACUCAACCAACUGUGAUAGCAGCUUAUGAACUCCUAGUCACUCUCUGUACAGGCUGUGUCCCCAACCUCAAACUCCUGGCAGAAAUGCUCACUAACAUGUAUUAUUCUGACUGUGACGAGAGCAUUGGGGAGUGGGAGUACCUGCCCCCGGUGGGUCCCCGGCCCUUCAAAGGCUUUGUAGGACUUAAGAAUGCAGGUGCUACCUGCUACAUGAACUCUGUCCUUCAGCAGCUCUACAUGAUCAGGCAAAUCAGACAUGGUGUGUUAGCAGUGGAAGGAGCUGCCACCGACCCUGAGGAAGACUUCAGUGGAGAGGAAAGGAUGGAACAAGAGACCAACCUUGAUGGCAACGAGGAGGACACAAUGAGUAGCAGUUCCAACGAAGAGAGCAGAAAGGAGUACCACAUAGGCAUCCUCAAGCAGGUUCAAGCCAUCUUUGCACACCUUGCCUGUUCCAAGCUCCAGUACUAUGUUCCCAGAGGACUAUGGAAACACUUUAAGUUGCAAGGUGAGCCUGUCAACCUACGUGAACAGCAUGAUGCCUGUGAAUUCUACAACAUCCUGGUGGAGAGCCUCAACGAGGCCCUCAAGGCUCUCGGCCAUGAACAAAUCAUGAACAAGAUUCUCGGAGGCUCAUACUCUGACCAGAAGAUCUGCAAAACAUGCCCACACAGGUAUUCUCGAGAGGAAACCUUCACAGUUAUAAGCAUAGACAUUCGGAACUACAGCAACCUCUACGACUCCUUGGAGCAGUACGUCAAAGGGGACCUGCUUGAAGGGGACAAUGCAUACCUGUGUGAGAAGUGUGAAAAGAAGGUGGACACAGUUAAGAGAAUUUGUCUGAAGAAGCUUCCCCCCAUCAUGGCCAUUCAGCUCAAGCGCUUUGACUAUGACUGGGAGAGGGAGUGUUCCAUCAAGUUUAACGACUACUUUGAGUUUCCCCGGGAGUUGGACAUGGACCCCUACACAGUUGCUGGACUGGCAAGAAAUGGGGAACUGAUAGACUAUGACCCCGAGGACAUGAAGACUGUGGUGUGCAGUAAGUACAAGCUGACGGGCAUUGUUGUGCACAGUGGCCAGGCCAGUGGUGGACACUACUACUCCUAUAUCCUACACAGAAAUGGAAAUGACCAGAGGUGGUAUAAAUUUGAUGAUGGAGAGGUGACAGAGUGUAAAAUGGAUGAUGAGGAUGAAAUGAAAAACCAGUGCUUUGGCGGUGAAUAUAUGGGGGAGCAAGUGUUUGACAACAUAAUGAAGCGGGUAAGCUACAGGCGGCAGAAGCGGUGGUGGAAUGCCUACCUCCUCUUCUACACUAGACUGGAUGUGGAGGAGGACAAUCUCUGCAACUCUCUCAAUGAGCUGAGUUUAGCGGAACGGCCAGGGUUAAUUAAAAUGCCAAGCGCCAUUGACCGAUCAGUGGUGAGGCAAAAUGUUCGCUUCAUGCACUCCAGGUCCCAGUUUUCUCCUGAGUACUUCCAGUUCCUGAAAAAGCUCAUCAUGACCAAUCAUCAAUUUGUCCUCCAACCCCCUCAGGACAGGGUGGCAGAGGCAGAGGAGAUUGCUAUGCUUAGUGGUCAGCUCUGUAGCAAGUUCCUCUUCUCGGUGGGUUUGCAUACCAAGAAGACACUGCGAGGCCCUGCCACCGAGUGGUAUGAUGCACUGCAGGUACACCUGAGAGCCUCGGUUCACACCCGUGCCUGGUUUGCUCAACAUGUGCUGUUUGCCCAGCCACACCGCUUCAUGGAAUACCUUCUUGAGUGCCCUGCACCAGAAGUAAGGAUGGUCUUUGGCAAGCUCAUUGUGCUGGUGGCCCACUGUGCACGGAAUGAUCCUCCACUUCCCCUUGGUUGGGGACCCCUGAAACAUCACCCAGGUCUGGACAUGAGUGGUGGCGGAUGCACACUAAGUGAUCAGCUUCUUGUGGCCGUUCUGCUGUUACUCAACAAGGAGGUGUCUGAACAUGGCCGCCACCUCGUCCAGUACUUUCACCUGUUCCAUCUUUAUGCUUCCCUUGGCCCAGCUGAGAAGCUGCAGCUGCUCAAGCUGAAUGUGGUGGAGAUGUUCAUGCUUGUUGCCCUGGAUGAAGGUCCAGGCCCUGCCAUCAAGUACCAGUAUGCUGAGCUGGGCCGACUCUACCAGGUGGUGUCCCAGCUCAUCAGGUCCUGUGAUGUGUCCCAGAAGCAGCAAUCAUCCCAGCCAAACACUGCACCGCUGCCCAACCCUCAUGGUGACCCAUCCUGCCCCGAGCCACUAAUGGUCAUAGAGCCUAAGGUAGCCGAGAUCCUGUAUAGCAGAGCAACAUAUGUGAAGAAGAUCAUUGAAGAUGCUAACACGUCAGAAGACACUGUAAAGCUGCUCAAAUUCUGCUGCUGGGAGAACCCUCUCUUCUCAUCCACCGUCCUCUCAGAGCUGUUGUGGCAGAUUGCUUACUCCUACACGUAUGAGCUGCGGCCAUACCUGGACCUCCUCCUCCACAUGCUGCUACUAGAUGACUCGUGGCAAAACCAUAGAAUCCAUAAUGCUCUGAAAGGUAUUCCAGAAGACAGAGAAGGUCUAUUUGAUACCAUCCAGAGAAGUAAAAACCACUAUCAAAAGAGGGCAUACCAGUGCAUCAAGUGCAUGGUGGCUCUCUUCUCCUCGUGUUUAGCAGCCCAGCAGAUGCUGAACUCAAAUGGCGACUUAAAGCGCAAGUGGACCUGGGCUGUGGACUGGUUAAAUGAUGAACUGGAGCGGCGGCCAUAUGUAGCCAACCAGCAGUAUGGCUUCAAUAACUGGUCACCACCAGCCCAGAGCAAUGAAACCAGCAACGGCUAUUUCCUUGAGCGUUCCCCCAGUGCACGCUCCACCCUCGAGAAGGCCUAUGAACUGUGCCCUGAGGAUGAACCAGAACCAGAGGAGUGUGAAGAGGCAGAGGUUGCCGUACCAGAAGAUGUUGCUCCCCUACCACCUGUUUCUGAGCCAGGACAGCAACAGCAGCAGCCACAGCAGCAGCCACCACAUCAAGCACCACAACAGCUUGGGCAAUCACAACAGCAGCAGCAGCAGCAACAGUUACACCAACAGCAGCAGCAGCAACAGCAACAAAAGUUGCCACCUACCUCAGGGUCUCAACCUUCUAGUUCACAGUUAAAUUUUUCAAGUAAAGAUUCACCAGGAAAUUCCCAGAAUCGAAGCAGUAGUGGUGGACCCAUGACAGUAACAGUCAGCAUUGGUGGUGGGAACGGAGACACAAACUCGAUAACUUCCACAGCGACCCUCACCACCACCACUAUCACCACCACCUCCUCCUCCUCCUCCAACAUAGGUGGGGGACCUUGUACCCACAACUCUACCACCGCCUCCACCUCAACAACCUCCACCAACACCAACAUAUCGAGCAAUCCUGUCGGCCCACAGACCACCCCAACCAACAACAUCAGCACCACCACAAGUCUGAGCAGCCUCAGUAGUAACAACAGCACCACCAACACCUCCACCACCAAUAACAGCACCAGUAAUGUUGGCACUGGUGGUGGUGGGGGAAACAAUAAGACUCCUCCCUCCUCAUCUCCACAAGUGACUCAGUACCCCCAGCAGCCCCCAGCACCAGAUGUCACCACUACCACCACCACCCAGGAGAACCGAGAAUAAGGCACAAGCUGAUGAUCCAGUUGUGUACUAGUGGAAGGUGGUGACAGCAGCCACAAAAUAGCUGCAUGUAGCUUCUGGAAUGGUGUGUAUGUUUAUGAGGCUCCAGCAAAUCCCCUUCCUCAUCUAUUGAAAAAUAUGACACAAGUUAGUGAAAAUGGAAGGUCAGAAGGUCACAGUGUUGGGUGAGUGGGAACAGUUAUGACGGUAUAAUAACAAGUUCCCGUAUUUGAGGUAAGCGAUUCUCAAGUCUCAACUCUCCCCAUCUGGACCUCAUUUGAAAUACCCACACUCACAUUAUUUUCAAUAUAUAUAUAUAUACACAUAUAUAUAUGUGUGUGUGUGUGUUUGUGUGAGUAUGUGUGUGUGGGUUGGUCUGAGAAUGACCCAUAAUGAAGAGAUACUCCUGACACAAGGAAAUAUAAUGUGUAUUGAUUGUAUAUAUAUAUACAUAUAUAUAUAUGAGUGGCAUUGAAUUACGUUGCUGUUAGAAGAGAGUGUUCCUUCUGCUCAAAGUGAACGCCUGGACCCUCUUUAUACGAUACGGCUUUGGUGACCGCAAGUUCACAGCAACUCUGUAUCAUUUACUUGUGACUGUGCCGCCAGGAAGUUUUGUUUGAGACAUAUAUAUAUACAUACAGUGAAGUAGAAGAGCAGUUGUGUGUGAACCUUGGAGGGUGAAGGACAAAGAAGGAAGUAAAAGGAGUAUUUGUAUUUUUGCAUCCUGAGACAGCAAGUGACUUUUGAAAAAUUCAUUCUUUGAAGUUUUUUAAUUUUUUUUCCAACAGUCUCUUGUAAGUGUGGUAGUCUAAAAAUUCUGUCCUCAAGAUUUUUUUUUUCUUAGUAAUGUAAUUUUCAUAAAUACACUUCCAAGGAUGUCCUUAAUUCAGUAUUUACAUGUUAAAUUGUACUGUGUAUGUACUGAAGUCUCUCCACACGUGACUAGUCAAGCAGUGAGUAGCGGAAGCUCCUGAGUUAGUCUGCAGUUUUUCACUGCCUUACAAGGCACCACCUGCCUGCUGACCAGUAAAAUUUUGACAGAUGGUAUUGCAUGAAGUGUCACUGUACUGUACAGGUGUUGCAAAACAACACAUUGGCUGUUUGCAGAGUAAAGCACCCUGGCCUUUGAUAGCCAAGUGCCAACACCAUGUGAACCUCACUGGGAGAGGGAGCAGUCAUGAGAACCUCCUUGCACAUCAUCUGCCUGUGCAAAGUGCAAUCUGUUUAAAACAAGGACUUGACAGUUAUUUAAUGGAUCUUUUUGUAGUGGGAUUUAGGCAGUGCCUAUGAAUGAUAAGACACAUUUUUCCACUGAGAAUACUUCACCAGACAUGAGGCUCCCAGCUUGAAUUCUGUGUUUGGGUUCCAUGUUUAUAUUUUGUGAUACAAUUGGGUUAUGGUAAAUGAUGGCGUGGAAUAAGUUUUGAUGUUACUGAUGCCAUGAUGUGAAAAGAUAAUUAUAUAACUUUGUAAGAACCCAUAUCCUAAAGACAUUUGAUAUUCCACCACCAUUAUCUUAAUUGAAUAUUACUUACAUACUCUUCGCUGACCACCAACCAUUUCAAGUCAUACCCCCGCACCACCAACCAGCCAUCCCGAGCAAAAUCUUGGGCUCGGGAGUAAUGAGACUUUACUGUUGUGGGAUCCAUGCCAGCCAGCCACAGCAUUUGGGCUGAGUCCCUAAAGGGUGUGCCCCAGUAAGACCACACCUCUGAUGGGGAGUCGCCACAGAGGGUUGUGGUGGCAGUAGGGAAGCCACAACUCCUGCUUAUUGUCUGUGAGCCACGUGCUGCUGCAAAGGUGUAACCAACCACCUGUUGUUGUGACUUAGUAAGUUUUUGUAUGAAAACUUUUGUUAGUUCACUAUUUCUGAUAUAAAUGAUGAUGAUGAAGCAGUUUGGAGUGGAAUUAGUGGUAGCAGUGAGACACCAUCUGUAGGAGCUGAUCCAGCCUCAUGCAUCUGCUUGUUACUGUCUUGUUUGCCUACUAAUGUAUUAUAGGUUUCCCACACAGAUGCCUUUUUUGUUUUAAGGACCUCAUUUUUGAAUGCUAAAAAGUAACGGUAUAGCUACUGGAGAGUGGCUAGCUAUAUUGUAAAUUCUUAAAUGACAUGCAUAUUAGAUAUUUGCAUAAGGAGCUUUGAUGAUUGGUAAAACUUUUUUAAUUAUGAUAUUUGCUGCCACCAACUGUGAUUAUAAGAAAUUGUGAAGACAUGUAAACAAUGUAUGAUGUAGUAUUUUCAUGUUACUACCUUGUCAAUAAUUGUAAAGCACCAGAGAAUACUUGUAUAUCACUGUAUAAGAUAUAAUUUAAUUGAAACGGAGCAAUUUUUUAUUGAAAUCAUUUAACAGAUUUAUUUUUAUGCUGAUUCCCUCUUCCUUCAAACAUCGUGCUUUUGUGUCUAAAAUAAAACCAUUGCUUA